GCUCGGGGCUCCAGGCUCAAUCUGCGGCCAGCAGCAGCAGAGGUGGUGUCGGGCAGCAGAGCAGCUCGUCUCAUCCACUCCUUCAGCUCCUCCUGCGGGCUUCUUCCUCACCGGGGGCCGGGAGACACAAAAGACGGGGCAACUGCAUGAGCAGAGGCGGGUCAGCUCUCCGUCUUCAUCUCGACUGCGAGCCAGGCUAGCUUGAUGCUCACUUCAGCCCGCUAGCCUUUGUGUGUGUGUGCGGGUGACAGGGCUGUCAAUGCAUCCAGGGAGACCCUGAGAAGCACCGCGGGGCUCGGGGGAGAAGAAGCCCCCUUCUCUCUACUUGACAGUCUGCAGAAAUCACCCUCCGAGUGCGGGCAAACAGCGGCAGCCGCGUUGCGCACGCAGAGAGCGGAUCCCCAGUGAGGAGCAUCACAACCCGGGCACGGUUUUCCACGUCGCCGCCUGUCUGCCACCUCCAGCCUGACAGCACCAAGACGCCGAUUGAUGACUGAUUUUCUUUCUGGAUAAGACUCGGCGUUGCGCACCGCGGCCAACAUGCUGGCAGCGGGGUUGCUCUUCCUGGGAUUGUUGCACAGUUUGGAAGUAACCACUCCAGCGGGGGCUAUUGAUGCCCCAAAGACCUGCAGCCCAAAGCAAUUUGUGUGUAAAGACGGGGUGACAUGCAUCUCGAAGGGAUGGCGAUGCGAUCGGGAGAAAGACUGCCCCGACGGCUCUGAUGAGGAGCCUGAUGUCUGUCCACACAGCACUGUGUCCCGGUGCCCUCCCAAUGAAUACCAGUGUGGAGGGACGGAGCUCUGCAUCCACAUGGCCAAACUGUGCAACGGUGUUCCCGACUGCACCGACGGCUGGGACGAGGGGCCUCACUGCCGAGAGUUCAUAUCCAACUGCACGCUCAUGGGAUGUCAGGAACACUGUGCCGUGACUCCUGGAGGGCCCGUGUGUUACUGUAAAGGUGGUUAUGAGAUCAACGCAGAUGGAAAGAUGUGUAAAGAUUUUGAUGAGUGCACAGUGUACGGGACCUGCAGUCAGUCCUGUACGAACACUGAAGGCUCCUACGCCUGCUCCUGUGUGGAGGGCUACUUGUCUCAGCCAGACAACCGCUCGUGCAAGGCCAAGAAUGAACCAGUAGAUCGUCUGCCUGUACUGUUGAUUGCCAACUCCCAGAACAUCCAAGCCACCUCCCUGAGUGGCACCACACUCCACAGCCUGCUGUCCACCAGCACCAAACAAACCACCGCCAUGGAUUUCCUCUAUGCCCAGGAGACAGUCUGCUGGAUCCACGUCGGGGACUCCCCCUCGUCCACAUACCUCAAAUGUGCUAAGAUCCCCAAUCUGAAGAGCUUUGCAGAGGAGAGGGUCAUCAACAUCUCCCUCAGCCUGCACCAUGUGGAGCAGAUGGCCAUCGACUGGCUUACCGGAAACUUCUACUUUGUGGAUGACGUGGACGACAGGAUCUUCGUGUGUGACAAGGACGGGCAGACAUGUGUCACCCUCCUGGACCAGGAGCUGUACAACCCUAAAGGCAUCGCCCUGGACCCCACCAUGGGGAAGGUGUUCUUCACCGACUACGGUCAGAUCCCGAAGGUGGAGCGCUGCGACAUGGACGGUCAGAACCGCACCAAGCUGGUGGACAGUAAGAUCGUGUUCCCGCACGGCAUCACGCUGGACCUGGUCAGCAGGCUCGUGUACUGGGCCGAUGCCUAUCUGGACUACAUCGAGGUGGUGGACUACGAAGGCAAGAACCGACACACCAUCAUCCAAGGCCUACUGAUCGAGCACCUCUACGGCCUGACUGUGUUUGAAAACUAUCUGUACGCCACCAAUUCAGACAAUGCCAACAUGCAGCCAAAGACCAGCGUGAUCAGGGUCAAUCGCUUCAACAGCACAGACUACCAAGUAGUGACCAGGGUGGACAAGGGAGGCGCGCUGCACGUCUACCACCAGAGACGUCAGCCUCCAGUGCGGAGCCAUGCAUGUGAGGUGGACCAGAAUGGGAAGGCUGGAGGCUGCUCUGACAUCUGUCUGCUGGGAAACGGCCACAAGACCCGAACCUGCCGCUGUCGCUCGGGAUUCAGUCUGGGCAGCGAUGGCAAGUCCUGUAAAAAACCCGAACACGAGCUCUUCCUGGUCUAUGGUAAAGGUCGCCCGGGGGUCAUCAGGGGCAUGGACAUGAACGCCAAGGUGCCGGACGAGUACAUGAUCCCCAUAGAAAACCUGAUGAACCCCCGAGCUCUGGACUUCCACUCGGAGAGCGAGUUCAUUUACUUUGCCGACGCCACCAGCUUCAUCAUUGGACGACAGAAGAUUGACGGGACGGAGAGAGACACUAUCAUGAAAGAAGGGAUCCACACAGUCGAGGGCAUCGCUGUGGACUGGAUGGCCGACAACUUGUACUGGACGGACGACGGGCCCAAGAAAACCAUCAGCGUGGCUCGGCUGGAAAAGGCUUCACAGACGCGCAAAACCCUCAUCGAAGGAAAGAUGACUCACCCUCGGGCCAUCGCUGUCGAUCCUCUCCACGGGUGGAUGUACUGGACGGACUGGGAGGAGGACCCCAAGGAGAGCAAGCGAGGCAAAAUCGAGCGGGCGUGGAUGGACGGCUCCAACAGGCAUGUGUUCCUGACCAGCAAGACGGUGCUGUGGCCCAACGGCCUGAGUCUGGACAUCCCACAGGGCAUCCUCUACUGGGUGGACGCCUUCUACGACCGCAUCGAGAUGGUCUAUCUCAACAGCACGGAGCGCAAGACGGUGUACGAAGGUCAGGAGCUGAACCACGCCUUCGGUCUGUGCCACUAUAAACACUUCCUGUUCUGGAACGAGUACCGCAGCGGCAGCAUAUACAAGUUGGACACGACAACAGGCACCGCAACUCUGCUGCGCAACGAGCGACCGCCCAUCUUUGAGAUCCGCAUGUACGAUGCUCAGCAGCAGCAAGGCUCUAAUGCGUGUCGGGUGUACAACGGAGGCUGCAGCAGUCUGUGUUUGGCCAUACCAGAGGGAAGACAGUGUGCCUGUGCAGAGGAUCAGAUAUUAGACCCAGCCGACAACACCAGCUGCAAAGCCAACCCGUCCUACGAGCCCCCUCCUCAGUGCCAGGCUGGAGAGUUUGCCUGCAAGAACAACCGCUGCAUCCAGGAGCGCUGGAAGUGUGACGGAGACAAUGACUGUUUGGACAACAGCGACGAGGCUCCUGAGCUGUGCCACCAGCACACUUGCCCCACGGACAGAUUUAAGUGCAAGAACAACCGCUGCAUCCCUCUGCGCUGGCUGUGCGACGGCGACAAUGACUGUGGGAACGACGAGGACGAGUCUAACACCACCUGCUCGGCUCGGACCUGCCCGCCCAAUCAGUACUCGUGUGCCAGUGGGCGCUGCAUCCCUCUUUCGUGGACGUGUGACCUUGAUGAUGACUGUGGCGAUCGGUCGGAUGAACCCGCCUCCUGUGCCUACCCCACGUGUUUCCCCCUCACCCAGUUCACCUGCAACAACGGACGCUGCAUCAACAUUAACUGGCGCUGUGAUAAUGAAAAGGAUUGUGGUGACGGCUCUGAUGAGUUGCAUUGUCCAAACCUGCCCGAUAAUGACUGUGGGGACAACAGUGAUGAGGCAGGCUGUAGUCACUCCUGCUCCAGCGCUCAGUUCAAGUGCAACAGCGGCCGCUGCAUACCGGAUUACUGGACCUGUGACGGAGACAAUGACUGCGGGGACUACAGCGACGAGACGCAUGCAAACUGCACCAAUCAGGCCACACGUCCUCCAGGUGGUUGUCAUACCGACGAGUUUCAGUGUCGCAUGGACAGCCUGUGCAUCCCGCUGCGCUGGCGCUGCGACGGAGACACCGACUGCAUGGACCUGAGCGACGAGAAGAACUGCGAGGGGGUCACGCACAUGUGUGAUCCAGCGGUCAAGUUUGGCUGCAGGGACUCUGCACGCUGCAUCAGCAAAGCCUGGGUGUGCGACGGCGACAGUGACUGUGAGGACAACUCGGACGAGGACAAUUGUGAGGCGCUGGUGUGUAAGCUCUCUCAUCAUGUGUGCGCCAACGACUCCACCAUCUGUCUGCCGUCGGAGAAACUUUGUGACGGCAAAGACGACUGUCCAGAUGGCUCUGAUGAGAAACUCUGUGACCUGUGUUCACUGGACAAUGGGGACUGCAGCCAUAACUGCACAGUGGCCCCUGGCGAAGGUCUGAUCUGCUCCUGUCCGCUCGGCAUGGAGUUAGGCUCCGACAACAAGACCUGUCAGAUCCAGAGUUUCUGCGCCAAACACCUGAAGUGCAGUCAACGCUGUGAACAGGACAAGUUCAGUGUGAAGUGCUCAUGUUACGAAGGCUGGGAGCUGGAGCCUGACAUGGAGAACUGCAAGAGCACAGAUCCUUUCAAGCCCUUCAUCAUCUUCUCAAACCGCCACGAGAUCCGCCGCAUCGAUCUGAACAAGGGAGAGUUCAGCGUGUUGGUACCCGGCCUGAGAAACACCAUCGCCCUCGACUUCCAUCUCAGCGAAAACGCCCUCUACUGGACCGACGUGGUGGAGGAUAAGAUCUAUCGUGGGAAGCUGUCGGAGAACGGCGCCCUCACUAGCUUCGAUGUGGUCAUCCAGUACGGACUGGCGACCCCCGAGGGUCUGGCUGUGGACUGGAUCGCAGGAAACAUUUACUGGGUGGAAAGUAACCUGGAUCAGAUAGAGGUGGCCAAGCUGGACGGCACCAUGAGGACUACUCUGCUGGCCGGGGAGGUGGAGCACCCUCGAGCUAUAGCCCUGGACCCCCGGGACGGGAUCCUCUUCUGGACAGACUGGGACGCCAGCCUGCCACGGAUUGAAGCUGCGUCCAUGAGUGGAGAAGGCAGGAAGACCAUCCAUAAGGAGACCGGUAAUGGAGGCUGGCCCAAUGGACUCACUGUGGAUUAUCUAGAGCGCCGCAUCCUCUGGAUCGAUGCCAGAUCUGAUGCCAUUUAUUCAGCCAAAUAUGACGGUUCGGGCCUCAUAGAGGUUCUGAGGGGACACGAGUAUCUGUCGCACCCCUUUGCCGUCACCAUGUACGGGGGAGAGGUUUACUGGACGGACUGGAGGACCAACACACUGGCCAAGGCCAACAAGUGGACGGGGGGCAACGUCACAGUAGUGCAGAGAACCAACACGCAACCUUUUGACCUCCAGGUUUUCCAUCCAUCCCGACAGCCUCAGGCUCCCAACCCGUGUGCAGCUAAAGAUGGGAAGGAUCCGUGCUCUCACCUCUGUCUCAUCAACUACAACCAGACGUUCUCGUGCUCCUGCCCUCACCUCAUGAAACUGGGCCCUGACAAGCGCACAUGCUAUGAGUCUCGUCAGUUCCUGCUCUACGCCCGGCAGAUCGAGAUCAGAGGAGUGGACAUCGACAACCCGUACUACAACUACAUCAUCUCCUUCACUGUGCCAGACAUCGACAACGUGACCGUGGUGGACUACGAUGCUCUGGAGCACCGCAUCUACUGGUCCGACGUCCGCACCCAGACCAUCAAGAGAGCUUUCAUUAACGGCACGGGAGUUGAGACUGUGGUCUCUGCUGAUCUGCCCAACGCCCACGGCCUGGCAGUGGACUGGGUGUCCAGGAACUUGUUCUGGACCAGCUACGACGCCAAUAAGAGGCAGAUCAACGUCGCCAGAUUAGACGGCUCCUUUAAAAAUGCUGUCAUCCAAGGCCUGGACAAACCACACUGCCUGGUGCUGCAUCCAAUACUGGGGUGGGUCAAAUGCACACACAUGCAUACACAGCUUUACUUCUCUGACGCCACCCUGGAUAAGAUAGAGCGCUGCGAGUAUGACGGCAGUCGGCGCUACGUGGUGCUGAAGAAUGCGGUCCAUCCGUUUGGCCUGGCCGUCUACGGUGACUACAUCUUCUGGACCGACUGGGUGAGGAGCGUGCUGCGCGCCGACAAAUACACAGGAGGAGACAUGAAGGUGCUGCGUGCUGACAUCCCUCAGCAGCCAAUGGGCAUCGUCGCAGUGGCCAACGACACCAACAGCUGUGAGUUCUCUAUGUGCCGUGUCAACAACGGAGGAUGUCAGGAUCUGUGUCUGCUGACCUCUGAGGGAAGGGUCAACUGCAGUUGCCGUGGUGACAGGCAACUUUUGGAUGACAACACCUGUAUAGCCCUUAACACUACAUGUAACAACAUUGAUGAGUUUGAGUGUGGAAACGGAGACUGCGUUAACUACACCCUGACCUGUGAUGGUAUGGCCCACUGCAAGGACAAGUCUGAUGAGAAACAGUCCUACUGUGCAAACCGUGUGUGUAAGAAGGGCUACAGACGCUGUGUGAACGGCCGCUGCGUGGGGCACAGCUCCUGGUGCAACGGGCAGGACGACUGUGGAGACAACUCUGAUGAACUCUUCUGUAACACCACGCUGUGCUCAGCCGAUCAGUUCCAGUGCAGAGACGGUGGCUGCAUCUCCAACUCCAGCAAGUGUAACCAGAAGGUGGACUGCGAGGACGCCAGUGAUGAGAUGAACUGCACUGCCACGGACUGCUCCAGCUACUUCCGUCUGGGAGUGAAGGGAGCCACGUUUCAGAAGUGCGAGUUCACCACUCUCUGCUUUGCCUCUUCGUGGCAGUGUGACGGAGCCAACGACUGUGGAGACCUCUCUGAUGAAAGAAACUGCCCAGGGAGCGGGAAGACAAGCUGUCCGACGCCCUACUUCGCCUGUCCUAGCGGCCGCUGCAUCCCCAUGAGCUGGACCUGUGAUAAGGAGAACGACUGUGAGAAUGGUGCAGACGAGGCUCACUGUGAUAAGUUUUGCUCGGCCGCCCAGUUUGAGUGCGGGAACCACCGCUGCAUUCCCAGACGCUGGGUGUGUGACGGAGCCGAUGACUGUGGGGACAGCAGUGACGAGGACAGCAAGUGCAAGACCAAAACCUGCAGCCCCGAGGCGUUCCAGUGUCCCGGGUCCCAUAUGUGCAUCCCUCAGCGGUGGAAGUGUGACGGGGACAAAGACUGUCCCGACGGAGCUGAUGAGAGCGUCAAGGCCGGCUGUGUGUUCAACGACACGUGCAGCAGCAACGAGUUCAUGUGCCAGAACCGACAGUGCAUACCCAAGCACUUUGUGUGUGACCAUGACAACGACUGCAGUGAUGGCUCCGACGAGUCCCAGGAGUGUGAGUAUCCGACGUGUGGAGCCAACGAGUUCCGCUGCGCCAACGGACGCUGCCUCAUCCAGGGCUCAUGGGAGUGCGAUGGAGACUUCGACUGCCACGACCAAUCAGACGAGGCGCCCAAGAACCCACGCUGCACUGGGCCGGAGAAGAAAUGCAACGACACGGCUUACGCCUGCAACAAUGGAAACUGUGUGAAUGAGACGCUGCUCUGUGACCAUAAGGACGACUGUGGUGACGGAUCAGAUGAGCUGAACUGCUUCAUCAACGAGUGCCUGAACAGCAAACUGAGCGGCUGCUCCCAGCUCUGUGAGGACCUGAAAAUAGGCUUCAAGUGUCGAUGCCACCCAGGCUUCCGUCUGAAAGAUGACGGGAAGACGUGUGUCGACAUAGACGAGUGCACGACCAGCUAUCCCUGCACGCAGCGCUGCAUCAACACACACGGCAGCUUCCACUGUCUGUGCGUGGAGGGUUUCCAGCUUAGUCCCGCAAACCCCACCAUAUGCAAAUCCACCUCUGAUGAGGAGCCAUUCCUGAUCUUUGCCAACCGCUAUUACCUGAGGAAGCUCAACUUGAACGGAUCCAACUACACACUGAUCAAACAGGGCUUGAACAAUGCUGUGGCUCUGGACUUCGACUACCGGCAGCAGAUGGUUUAUUGGACAGACGUGACCACCCAGGGCAGCAUGAUCCGGCGCAUGCACAUCAACGGCAGCGACGUGCAGGUCCUUCACCGCACGUCGCUCAGCAACCCAGACGGUCUGGCUGUGGACUGGGUGGGAGGGAACCUGUACUGGUGCGAUAAGGGACGGGACACGAUCGAGGUGUCGAAGCUGAAUGGAGCGUACCGGACAGUUCUGGUCAACAGCGGCCUGAGGGAGCCACGUGCUGUGGCAGUGGACGUACGCUAUGGGUAUUUAUACUGGUCAGACUGGGGUGACAGCCCUCACAUAGGGAGGAUCGGGAUGGACGGCACCAACAGGUCUGUAAUCGUGGAGGAUAAGAUCACAUGGCCCAACGGCCUCACGCUGGACUUCAUUAACGACCGCAUCUACUGGGCUGAUGCUCGGGAGGACUACAUAGCAUUUGCCAGCCUGGAUGGAACCAACAGACACAUAGUUUUGACUCAGGAUAUUCCCCACAUCUUUGCGAUGACCCUGUUUGAGGAGUACAUCUACUGGACGGACUGGGAGACCAAGUCCAUCAACAGGGCUCAUAAGACCCUGGGAAUCAACAAGACUAUGCUGAUCAGCACCUUACACAGGCCUAUGGACGUUCACAUUUUCCACCCAUACCGCCAGCCUGAAGUGGCCGGCCACCCGUGCCAAUCGGACAACGGCGGCUGCAGUAACCUGUGUUUGCUCUCACCUGGGGGGGGCUUCAAGUGUGCCUGCCCCACUAACUUCUACCUGGCAGCCGAUGGCAAACAGUGCCUGUCCAACUGCACUGCCAGUCAGUUUGUCUGCAAAAAUGACAAAUGCAUUCCAUUCUGGUGGAAGUGUGACACCGAAGACGACUGUGGCGACCGCUCAGAUGAGCCCUCAGAAUGCCCUGAGUUCAAAUGCAGACCAGGCCAGUUCCAAUGUGGCACCGGCAUCUGCACCAACCCAGCUUAUAUCUGUGACGGAGACAAUGACUGCCAAGACAACUCGGAUGAGGCCAACUGCGAUAUCCAUGUGUGCCUGCCCAGCCAGUUCAAAUGCAGCCAUCCCAGUCGCUGCAUCCCUGGCAUCUUCCGCUGCAACGGACAGGACAACUGUGGAGAGGGAGAGGAUGAGAAAGACUGCCCUGAGGUGACGUGCGCCCCCAACCAGUUCCAGUGCGCCAUCACCAAACGCUGCAUCCCCCGGGUGUGGGUGUGUGACAGGGACAAUGACUGUGUGGACGGAUCUGAUGAGCCGGCCAACUGCACCCAAAUGACGUGUGGCGUGGAUGAGUUCCGCUGUAAGGACUCGGGACGCUGCAUCCCGGCUCGCUGGAAGUGUGACGGAGAGGAUGACUGCGGGGACGCUUCGGACGAACCCAAGGAAGAGUGUGACGAGCGGACGUGCGAGCCGUACCAGUUCCGCUGCAAGAACAACCGCUGCGUGCCCGGCCGCUGGCAGUGUGACUACGACAACGACUGUGGUGACAACUCGGAUGAAGACAAGUGUGUGCCUCGUCAAUGUUCCGAGAGCGAGUUCUCCUGCACAAAUGGCCGCUGCAUCGCCGGGCGCUGGAAGUGCGACGGGGACCACGAUUGUGCCGAUGGCUCAGACGAGAAUGGCUGUGAUGUGAAGUGUGACAGUGAUCAGUUCCAGUGCAAAAACGGCCAUUGCAUCCCCAUCCGCUGGCGCUGUGACGCGGAUCCUGACUGCAUGGACCGCAGCGACGAGGAGAAAUGUGACAGUGGCGUGGGUAGACACUGCCCCCAGGAUGAGUUCCAGUGCAACAACACCCUUUGUAAGCCUCUGGGCUGGAAGUGCGACGGCGAGGACGACUGUGGAGACAACUCCGAUGAGAAGCCAGAGGAGUGUGUUAAAUUCCAGUGUCCACCCACGAGGCAGUUCCGCUGUCACAACGACCGGGUGUGUCUGCCGAUAUCGAAACGCUGUGACGGAGUCAACAACUGCGGGGACGACAGUGACGAACUCAACUGCCUGCCGCCGUCCACACCGGCGUGUCAGAAGGACGAGUUCCAGUGCUCCAGUGGACGCUGCGUCAGCUCCGUCCUGCGCUGCAACUACUUCAACGACUGCGAGGACUACGGUUCUGAUGAAGUCAACUGCAACAAGAAAGGCACGGUGCUGAAUGACUGCAGCAGUAACAGAACAGUGUGUGGAGACGGAGAUGAAGCUCACUGCGUGACGAACGGCACCGACUCUUUCUGCUCCUGCAAACCCGGCUUCCUGUCCAGAGGACGGAACAGAUGUGAAGACAACAACGAGUGCGAGCAGUUCGGAGUGUGUUCCCACAUGUGCAACAACACCAAGGGUUCCUACAAGUGCAGCUGCCAAAAGCACUUCAGCAGAAUCAAUGACACCUGCAAGGCCGACACUCAGAGACAAGUGCUCUACAUCGCUGAUGACAAUGAGAUCCGCAGCCUGGACCCCUCGAUGCCAAACUGGCGCUACGAGCAGAUCUUCCAGGGCGACGCCAAUGUGCGCAUCGAUGCCAUGGACCUGCACAUCAAGACCAACCGCAUCUACUGGACCAACUGGCACACAGGGCGGAUCUCUUCUUAUGAUUUGCCUUCUUCCUCCUCCUCCCCUAACAACAACCGUAACCGACGGCAAACUGACUCCAGCAUCACCGACCUGGAGAUCCCUGGUCUGAAGAUGCCACGGGGCAUCGCUGUGGACUGGGUGGCAGGGAACUUGUACUGGACUGACUCUGGUAGAGAUGUUAUCGAAGUCGCCCAGAUAAGUGGGGCCCACCACCGCAAAACCCUGAUCUCUGGGAUGAUCGAUGAGCCAUACGCCAUUGUGGUCGACCCCCAGAGAGGGAAAAUGUACUGGGCAGACUGGGGGAACCACCCCAAGAUUGAAACAGCUGCCAUGGACGGAACCAUGAGAGAAACGCUGGUGGAGGAAAACAUCCAGUGGCCGACGGGUCUGGCGGUGGACUACUUCAAUGAGCGUCUGUACUGGGCCGAUGCCAAACUCUCCCAGAUCUGCAGCGUGAAGUUGAACGGCAGCGACGCAGUUGUGGCUGCAAACAGCAUUAAGAACAACGUCCGUCAUCCCUUCAGCAUCGAUGUGUUUGAAGACUACGUCUACGGCGUCACCUACAUAAACAACCAAGUCUUCCGAGUGAAUAAAUUCGGCAAAGGUCCCAUUGAGAACCUGACAACUGGGAUGAACCAUGCAACAGAUAUAGUUUUGUACCAUCGCUACAAACAACCUGAGAUUGCAAACCCCUGCGACAGGAAGAAGUGUGAGUGGCUGUGUCUGCUGAGCCCCAGUGGGCCCGUGUGCACGUGUCCCAACGGACGCACGCUGGACAACGGCACAUGUGUGGAGCUGCCCACUCCCACCCUGUCUCCCAUCUCUCCUCCUAGUGGUCCCUGCCUGGUCCAGUGCAUGAACGGUGGCAGCUGUUUCCUGAACGCCCACAAGCAGGCAAAGUGUCGCUGUCAGCCCAACUAUGGAGGCGAUCGGUGUGAGAUCGACCAGUGUAGAGACUACUGCAAGAAUGGAGGCACAUGCACACCUUCCCCUACAGGUUCUCCUACUUGUCGAUGCCCGACAGGCUUCACAGGGCCAAACUGCAACCUGCACACAUGUAAGGAUUAUUGUAAGAAUGAAGGCAACUGCACAGUCAGUGCCGGAAACCAGCCGACCUGCCGGUGUCCCGAUGACUUCCUGGGCGACCAGUGCCAGUACAGAAGCUGUGAAGGCCACUGCCUGAACAAAGGCACAUGUCUGCUGAGUGAAAACGGCGCCAAGCACUGCCGCUGUCUGCCCCAGUUCACCGGCAGCACAUGUGAAAUAGACAAGUGUCACUAUUGUCGUGACGGCGAGUGCAUCCCCAGCAGCAGCUUUGCUUCCACAGGGGAGUUUGCCUGCCGCUGCUCGAACGGCAGAGUCCAGCCCAGCUGCUACACAUGUGAUACCAACGAGUACUGUGCGAAUGGCCAGUGCUCCAUCAACCCCGUCACCCGCCUCCCGGAGUGCAGAUGUUCUCCAGGCUGGGCAGGGCAUCGCUGUGAGGCGGUGGCCCACACUGACAGCGGCUCAGGCUCAGGCGGACGCACAGCCUCCAUAGUGAUCCCAGUGCUGCUCCUGCUGCUGCUGGUGCUGCUGGCUGGAGGAGCGUUGUUCUGGUACAGGAGGAGGAUGAGAGGGGCAAAGGGCUUCCAGCACCAACGGAUGACCAACGGUGCCAUGAAUGUUGAGAUUGGAAACCCAGCCUACAAGAUCUAUGAGGGCGAGCCUGAUGAUGACGCCGGGGAGCUGCUAGACGCAGACUUCACGCUGGACCCGGACAAGCCCACUAACUUCACAAACCCAGUAUAUGCCACUCUGUACAUGGGGGGUAACAACAGCCGCAACUCUCUGGCCAGCACAGACGAGAAGAAGGAGUUGCUAUCACCUGGGGAUGAGGAGCCCCUCGUGGACCCGCUGUCAUAGACUGUCCAUCGGCCUGGAUCAUGCCAUUCCAAACACACCCCUCUUCUUGCCUUUUAAAGAAAAACGAAACAAAAAAAUUGAUAAAAAAAAAAGAGUGAGAGAGAAAAUUGAUAAAAACGUGUGAACACUGUAUAAAAUGUACAAAAAUGAAGGACUACUUUUGUAUGUGAUUGCAGUAUUAUAUUUUGUUCUUUUGAAAUUCCUCUGGUCAAAAAUGAGUCACAUUUUCUAUGAGAGAUUUUUAAUUUACACUUUGUCCCUUACCCUUUACCUAAAUAGCCACUACCUCUGUGCAAAAUGAAAUGAAAUGGAAAUCUGAAGAAAAGAUGCUGUCAUUGAAGCAAUUUUAACUUUUUAUUUUUGUAUGAAUUGUAUAGAAAAGAAAAAAACAUUGUUCCAUUUCACCAGUGCCAACUGUUUGUUGUUUGUGUUGACUUUGAGCGGGGAAAGGCAAAACUCAAAAGUUUUCUAAAUCGGUACAGAUGUUUGUCUCGCUGAGUUUUCUCUGCGAGGUGGUGAGACAGAUUUGUGAUCGCACCGUUUGUGUAUAGCACAUGUAAAAUGUCAGUACCAGAUGGCAACUACAGUAUUUCCACAACACUCUUUUUUUUUUUUUUUUUUUCUCAGAGAACAAUGCUCAUUAAAUGAUCGUGUUGUCUUCCUUGCACAGAAUAUCAUGUUUUACAGUAAAGUGUAAACUGUGGGCUUUAUACCGUGAGAUGUAAAGCAGGUAUGUUUGUUUAUUAAUCACAUUGUCGACAGUUGGAGCUCACGUGUGUUGCUGAAACAAGAGGGUGAGCUGCGUUUUGAUGUGGGAUUAUGGAGAAUGAUGAAGUUGGUCACAGGUUAAACAUUCCAGGCAAAGUGGAGGAUGGAGAUCACAGAUGUAAAGAGACAGACAGGAUGGUUAGCUGGGGGAGGCCAUAGUGGAGACUUACAACCGGUUUGUUCCAGGGUUUCCCUCCAGAAGGAAAAGGAGACUGAAGUUCUGGUGAAAUUGUUGGUAAACCUUGAUUGAGAAUCAGUAUUUUGCUUAUCUACUCCUCCAGUCCAUUACUUUGUAAAAAAUAACAAACGGAUAGUGUCCGUCUGGCUUUGUGCGUAGAUUUAUCUUUCUACCUUUAGAGGAUCAAAGUCUGUUUGACCACAGUUUUGUAAAGACUUAGUCUUACUUGCAUUACGUUCAUUGGGUCCUCAGCAUCUCUGUUUUGAAAUGAGCUCUGUCUGAUCUCUCGUGCUCUGCUCUGCUGCUGCUAAUGCUACCAUUCUGGUUGCUCUGACACAUCCUUACACUCAGCCUCUGCCCCAAAAAUGCUGCUUCUGUCAGAAAAUGUGUCGGCCAUAUCUUAAUGCAUGUGAACAGUAACACCGAUCGUUAAUGUACCUACAAUAACAACUCUUUAUUUUGCUUACCUGUCAGCAAGUGUUAUUUUAUGCUGUUGUAUAUGUUUUGUCUUUAAUUGAGAGAGAGAAGUACAAUCAUUUUACCUAAAGAAUUUUUUUGCUAAAUCGUACAUGCAUUUUCAGAAUUACUUUUCUUUGAUUAGUCCUUUUUUUUAAAUGAAAAAUGACACAUAGCUUUUAUAGUACACGAUGCAUGGAGGCUCAGACUUUCUUCUGUAAAGAGAAUAAUGUUUAAUUUUUGCUGGAGUACUUUACAAACUAAAUAACAGAUAUUGUUAUAAAUAAAAUUUUGAAAAUU